UAGCAAGUCUAAUUCGACAAUACAUACGCCUUCAAGUUUACUGUUUUACUUUCAUUUUCUUAUUGUACCACUUUCCAAGCAUGUUGCUUCAGAGUACACAUAGCAGAGAUGUCAGAGUCAUGCCGUCAACUCCGAAAGCGAAGCAAUUUACAACGAGGCCAAACCCUAGUUGCUCUCGAGGCGCGGGGUUUUCAUCUCCUUUUGGACUUGGAGAUGGUCUAUGUGACAUAUUCAGCCCACGCAGCUCAUCUUCGACUCCCGCUAGUCUCCCUUCUUUAGUAUCUGAACGGACUCUAGAUACCUCCGUAACAACAUCACCCAUUCUAAGCGCCGAGCAUCGAGAUGCUACCCGUCACGGUAGCGCUCACGAGCACAUUAGGAGACGCCGCUUUGACGACAGUGAGCAAGAAGAAGUUGCUACGAUCAAACGACAACCUCUAACACACACGACGUCCUCUUUAGGGACUGGUGCCAGCCUACGAACCGGCAGCCGUUUGCCGACCACCGCCGAUUCCUCGGCGAAUCCCGUGACGCCUAGCGAUAUUCUCAUAUUAGUACGCGGUGGAAAGUUGUCAUUAUCAACUGCAAUUGAUAUAAGUGAGAAAUAUCAGUACUGGGACUUGCUAGCAGCCCUUAAAGCCAGCGACAAAACCCAAGAUCCAGAGUUUGUUCAGGCUAAUAUCAACCAACCACGACGUCACGAGAUCCCCAAACCCAACGCCCAAUCUACCGGGCGUACUGCAGAGUGCUCACCUACCGACGCCAUUCGCGAACGUUUCUUGCAAAAAAUCACAUAUCAUGCUAAUAUGGACCUAGUCUUUCAUUCGGGAAUUGAGACUAACCUCCACAUCUUUAUCGAUAUGUCCAACAUUUUCAUCGGCUUCUGUGAUUCCUAUAGGAUCUCGAAGGGCAUCCCACAAAGUCAACGCAUAACUUUCCCUCACUUCUCAUUCAAGGCGUUGUCGACUAUUAUGGUGCGUGGAAGAUAUGUACUAAGGAAAGUUCUUGCGGGAUCUACUGGCGGUGGUAUUUCGAAAGACCCACGAGCACAAUGGCCCUACUACUUUCUGGAGGCGGAAAGUUUGGGCUACGAUAUGAACAUAUUUACCCGAGUCCCAAAGCGGAGGCGCUCCCGGAACAAAAUAAAGCGCCGUGAGAGAACACCGCCGGAUGGCCACUCAGAUGACUCUAUCAACCUUAGUAUGGAGGGGAGCCAUGGAUCUUGCGCAUCCGGCCUACGUAAUAGCGAGCAGGGAGUAGAUGAGAAUAUUCACCUGAAUAUGAUGACGAGCAUGUAUGACUACAUGGAGACGCCUGGGACAAUUGUGCUAGCCACGGGUGACGCAGCCGAAGCCGAAUUCUCGGAUGGCUUCCUCGAGUACGUGAUCCGGGCGCUCAACAAAGGAUGGAAGGUUGAACUAAUCGCCUGGAAAUGUUCCCUCUCCUCAUCAUGGACGAAUGCUAGCUUCCUUCACCACUACGGCCAUCAGUUCAGAGUCAUUCUUUUGGACGAUUUCCUUGGGGAAAUACAAAAUGGGGAUGAUAUUUUCCAGGGUUAGCUCUGUUCUAAGAAUCAUUUUCACCAAAUCAGCAAACCGUCGCGCUACAACUCUCUCAUUUCCCGGAUCUUGCGCGUUUGAUCUGCCUAUUUCGACUAUCACGAUCAGCAUACUUAUUUUCACUGCAUCUCCCAAUUUGAAGUUUUUCGUACUUUUCGAUUUAUGGAGUCCCGUGGGCUUUGCCUUAGAAGAUGUACUAGAAUUAUCUCGACAUACAAUACACGAGCCUGCCAAUUCUCAAGUUGAUUGCGUUUCAACAGAUAUAUGGAUACUUCAUGGUUAGGAUGAUAUUACGACCGGAUUAAAUGACGACCAGGUAACGAUUGCAUCAAGGCGGGUGGUCCGGGAUACAUAUUGGUCACGGAAAGAUAGGAUGGUCUUUACAG